AUGGAGAACCAAGAGCUUUUAGUGAAUGAAAAUGCCUGUGUCGAAUGUGAAGGUUCGGUCACAUUUGGAAAUGCAAUUCAGAAACAAGAGCAUUAUAUGCAAUUCCACCCGGAUAUACAAACUUCUGCUAAGAAUGAGAAACGAAAGAAGAAAGCUGAUAAAGAUAAGGCUUGCAAUUUGUGCACAAGAAUGUUUACCUCUGCUGAAUCACUUGAAAGGGUGCAAAUAAGCUGCUUUCCGUUUGCUGUGCUUGGUGUUGAUUCAUCUGGACACGCAUGGUCUCCAACAAACCAACCAAUCCAGCUGCUCAUUGAGACUGACUCAAGGAUUUUCAUUUCUACUACAUCCAAGUUUCCUCAUCAGCUUGGACCCCUUCAAGUGAUUCUGAUAAUCAAUUUCAGUAGUAAACUUCUUCUUGCAUUUAGGCUUGGUGCACACCGUGUGAAAUCGACCUCGAUGAUGCUUCUGGUGGUUGAACAAAUCACCAACAGAGAUUUUCAGUCCUUUCUCUCUCAAGUGGUCUCGCCGUUGCAAACAACUUUCAGAUUUGGUGUUGCAAAGCGAAGAGGAGCUGCUUCAAUAUUUGGUCAAUCAGUGGUUUGGGAAAGCUCUAUGCUCUUGGAAUUUUGGAUGAUUUUGUGUAUCAAAGGCAUGGGCCAGAUUCUUGUGAACAGGUUGAAUUGGGUACUUAUCCCUUCUGUGAAUGGUAAUUUGUGUUUCUAUUGGAUGUGUACUGCAAGUCUCUUGCCUGGUGAAUUACUUCUAAGCGAUCUCAUUCUGGAACUCGUGUCCAUACUUCCUCAAGAUUGA